AUGUCGUAUUGCAAGGUUUUUGGCAAAGAUGAAGUUAUGUUUGUUACCAAAGAAGAUCAUGCAACACCUAGUACUGUUGAGUUGCCACCACCAGAGCCACCACAAGGUCUUAUAACCAGUGAUGGAGAAAUUAAUUGGAGUUGCCCAUGUCUAGGAGGCAUGGCUACCGGUCCAUGUGGUGUUGAAUUUCGUGAUGCAUUUUCUUGCUUCCAUUAUAGCAAGGCAGACCCCAAGGGCUCCGAUUGUUUCGAAGCUUUUAGAGCAAUGCAAGAUUGCUUUGUACAAUAUCCCACAGUAUACAAUAAGUCUUCUGGUAACGAUGAAGAUGAAGAGGAGGGUGGAUUAAACAUGUUAAAUUUGGAAGAAGCUGAAAAAGAGACAUCUACCGAGGUUCCUAGUGCGGAGGGCACGACCGUACUUAACAAGAAAGAAAAUUAAAAUAUGUGUGGAUGGGGGACAAAAGUGUACGUUUAAAGUCGAGGAAAUUUUUCUUCAAUCAACUAUGAAAUUCGCCAGACAAAUAUGAAUUAAUAUAAUUUUGUUAUAAUUGCAUUUUCACAUACAAUUUUUAAAUGUUCACGGUUACCUUGAAAUAGUUUUUUAGUAAUAGUUCUCAAUAUAAAUAAAAAUCUGAAAUAUAGAAAUGUAUAUUAUUCCAAACAUUUAAAUAUAUAUUUUAUUUCUAAAAAAAAUUAUUAUUUUUUUCUUUUUUUCAAAAUUGGAGUGAAGGAAUGUAAGAUUAUAAAUCAAAUCAAGUAAGCUUAGUAAAGUUUUAUUAAAAAAAGCAAAAGUGUUAAAGCUUAAAAUAAUUUUAAGAACUUGGGUAAAAAUAAAAAAAAAGAGUAUUCAUUUUAGGAAUAUAAAAAAUAUAUUUUUUUUAUAGUACUCUAUUAAUUUCUUUCCUACAGCGCGCUGUGUUCAAACAUCUUAUAAUAAUUUCAUUUUCUUAUUCACUCGACUUAUUAAAUUAAAAAGAGAUAGCACGAAAAUAUUUUGAUAAUACAGCACUGGCCUUGAGUACAGGGUUGCUUUGAAUAUAAAUAUUUCUUUACUUUUCUAUUUUGACCUCAAUUUUUUUCUUUCAUUUCCUUACAUUCUAUCAGUGUUGCCAGGUAAAGAACUUUAAAAUGUAAUCAAACUUCCUUUAUUACUAAAAAGUUGUUUUAAUAUAAAUAUGUGCUUAUCUCGUCAAAACAAAGGGAUGGAAAAUUUUACAAAAAUAUAUUUUAUGUAUACAUUUAAUUAACGCAUAUCAUAGGAUACAGUUGAAAUACGAUGGAAAAUGUUUAAUUUUUAAGAAGCGAGAGUAUAAAAAUAUUAAAAUUUAAUUGAUUCAACCCUGAUUUUUUCAGUUUAUUUAUUUUUUAAUCUUUGAUUCGUCUCUGUCAAUUACGUCGUCGUCGUGCACGUUCGUUCAGUUACUUAUUUCGUCAAGUUUUUAUUCCUUUUUGAUAUUAAGUUCACCAUUGUGUAAAUGAAAUAAAUCUAAAAUAGUGAGAUGAAAAUUAAUUGUGUUAAUGUUAAUGGGUAGAAAAAUGCCUGAAGACAAUAGAUUGUGUAAUCUGCAAAAAGAAGAUAUUAUCUCAAAUUGUUUUGGGUUCAAAAGUGUAAAGUGCAAUUUUGCGAUAGACUGAGUAAAACACAAAACAAGUGUGGAAAAUUUCACAUUUGAAACUCUGCAGUAACUCAUAAAAACUUGGCGUGUUUUAUAUACGAGAAUAUUCUCCGUGCCCUUAAGCACCCUUGUCAAAAUUCCACAAUCUUUCCGUCCUCUUGGCAUUGUGGAGUGCGCGGCAAUUAAGUCUAGAUUCAUAGUGCGAAGGAAAAAAAGGCGAAAGAAGUAAAUAGAAAGUUUAAUUGCCAACAGCCACCAGUGUCGUGAGUGUGGAAUUACUUUCCUCUAUCUGUCCUAUUUUGCUCCAAUGUCGGUGGCCAUUAAAACCAAACGAUCAACAAAUCGAUUGGGUAAUUGUCCAGAGUGAGCUUGAAGUAAAGGAAGAAUAGUUAAAAGUAUAAUUGUGUUUGAGCUAAUAGCAAAUUGUUACAGAAAGUUAAUCCUGUUUGAUAAUAUUUCAGUGCCAAAGCAAAUACCACCACAUUUUUAUUUGUUUUCAAAAAUAAGUGUGUCAUAAUAUCUAAGGAUACAAGCAAGUUUAAGUGAUACAUUGAGAUAAUUGGCGGGCAGCAAACAAUUAAAUUCAGCCACCGUCAUUACUAUCGAAUAAAUACAGAUAAGAUAUAGUUCAACACAAAAAAGGAAUCAAAAAGUCGAAGUGAAAUAAA